CAUAAUAAAGUACUACUCCAUGUAUGCGCAUUGGUCACACCAUGUCCGGUCAGUCCGGCGACCACCGGCGACAUGGAGGCCGACGAGUCAGGGGCGAGUCGUUACCGAGUUCUGGUGGAUCGGUUUCAGAGUCUGGAAGUGAGUCACGCGAGACUCAAAGAGCAGUUCGAUUUGCUAGUGGAAGAACAGAGCAAGACGAGAAUGAACGAAGUUGGGUCGUCAGAUUCCGACGAUUUGACGUCAUAUCCCGGCUGGGGUUGUGUCACCGGAGUGUUCUCGACGCGGAAUCUGUACCGGAACGUGUUGGAGUACAUGGGCCAUGCUGUUUACGUGAGCAGAGCUCUAUCUGGAGAGAUCAUUUACUGGAAUCGUUCUGCUGAAAAACUCUAUGGAUAUAAGGAUUAUGAGAUACUUGGUCAAAGAGUUGUAGAUCUGCUUAUUGAUGAAGAACAUUGUGUGCGCGCAAAUAAAAUAAUGGAGAAGUUGAGCUAUGGUCAAUCAUGGUCAGGUCAGUUUCCUUUUAAGAAGAGGUGCGGUGAGAUAUUUAUGGCGAUAGUGACAAAAAGCUCAUUAUAUGAGGAUGGUCAGCUUGUUGGUAUUAUCACUGUUUCAAGUGAUGCAGCCAUUUUUAAUAGUAUAAACUCAGAAAACCUGAGAACAUAUCAAGACUGUUCCAAUGGCCAACAAAAAGCACGGGGACUAAACUUGAAAAAGUUUCAGUGGCACCCACAGCCACAGAUCACAUCUUCUCUAUCCAAUCUGGCCUUAAAGGUUCUACCACGGAAACAAGGGGAUGAUACAGACAGCGGAUGCACAAAUUCCAAGGACAGAGAGGAUACUCUAGCAGAGGCAGAAGAUGUAAAAUUAGAGAGGCCGCCUAAAGUUCCGGAAACAAAGCCUGGUUUCAGUUCACGCAUCAGGAAGAGCACAACCGAUGAGGAUAACCCUCAAAAGGACAAGUCUACCUUCAAAUUUGUUCAACCUUCUAAAAUUGCAGCGAAGGUGAUGUCAAAGUUGCAAAUAGGGGGAACUGGAAACCAUUACAAAGAACAGGAUGAAAGCGUUCAACAUUGCGAUUUGACUGAUACUGCAGUGAGAAAUGAAGUGAAUGUUGAGGGAAAUUAUCCUAGAGGUUUAAAGGCAACAACUUCAUACUGGUGCACUACUGUUGAUGCUGAGUAUGAGGGGGUGAACCCCCACAAAAGAAAUUCCCAGUCUCCAUUUGCCGCUAAAAGAGUGUGUACAAAUGUAAAUGGGCACAAAAUUCCUGAAGGUUUCAAAGAGAGUUCUUCUAUUGAAACCUUUUCGAGAGAGUGCAAGGAGUGUUCUGAGGAGUUCAAAGUGGGAGAUGAGUUGCCAAGAUUAGGCUUCCAACUGGAUGCAAAUGAGUUGGAGCCAGAUUUACAUAAUCCAAAAGUUCUGGAGAUAGGAGAUGCAGUGCAACAACAGCCAGAUGGUCAAACCAUUCCAAGCUCAGGGGAGAGCAUUGGUAGCAGCCAUGGAAGUCCAUCAAGGAAAGGUGAUAAUGGGUCAAGCACAGUGGUAGAUUGUGAAAUUCGCUGGGAAGACAUACAUUUUCGGGAGGAGGUCGGGCAAGGUUCAUAUGGUGUUGUAUAUCAUGGAAUUUGGAACGGAUCGGAUGUUGCCGUUAAGGUUUAUUUUGGAAACGAGUACACUGAGUGGACUUCACUUGACUACAAAAAAGAGAUAGAUAUAAUGCGAAGACUGAGACAUCCAAAUGUAUUGCUGUUCAUGGGGGCAGUAUACUCACAGGAAAAACUUGCCAUUGUUACAGAGUUCUUACCGAGGGGAAGCCUCUUGAAAACACUUCAUAAGAAUAACCAGUCACUGGACCUCCGAAGACGUCUAAGGAUGGCUCUUGACGUUGCAAGAGGAAUGAAUUAUUUGCACCACAGAAACCCACCAAUAGUACAUAGGGACUUGAAAUCUUCAAAUCUGCUUGUGGAUAGAAACUGGACAGUCAAGGUUGGAGAUUUUGGUCUGUCCAAGUUGAAGGAUGCAACUUUCUUAACAGCGAAAUCCGGAAGAGGAACCCCUCAGUGGAUGGCUCCUGAAGUCCUUAGAAAUGAACCUUCAAAUGAAAAGUCCGAUGUCUUUAGUUUUGGCGUCAUUCUAUGGGAGCUAAUGACUGAAUCUAUUCCUUGGGUCAACCUGAAUUGCUUGCAGGUUGUUGGAGUUGUGGGAUUCAUGGACCGCAGGUUAGACAUACCGGAAGGCCUUGAUCCCCGAACAUCAUCCAUCAUCCGCGACUGCUGGCAGAGCAACUCGGAACAACGUCCAUCAUUUGAAGACAUAAUCCAGAGAAUGACAGACUUAAUUCGCACUACUCCAGCAGCAUCAAUUGGGAGGAGGUCAUAGCAGCCAUAAACAUGCAGUGUGCAUUUUCACUUUUAAUCCAUCAAAAUGGUCGGUGAAUGGAGGAGCCGAGCAAGUGGAAUAACAAAGUAAUUAAUCCAUUCAAACGUUAAAAUUUUGAUCUCUAUUUUCCUUUAAUUUGUUACUCUGUCUUUUUUCAGUAAAUUAAAAAAA